AUGUCAUCUCUAAGAGCUCAGGCCUCCUCGACUGCCCCCUUACCUGCACUGCUCAUCUCUGGUACACUGCGCAUCUCUUUCGAUCCGGCUCGAGGCCUGGCUUCGUUUCGGUUCGCUGCCACCGUCGGCACCUCACCUCAACCUUUCUACCUGGAUAUAAUGCCUCAUCGAAUCCGUCGCCUCACUCUUUACUGUGACGGCGGCCAUCCUACACACCUUAGAUUCGAUGCCACCAAUAUCAACUUCAUCGCUCCCAACCGCCUUCUAGUGCCACCCGACAAUGAUGCGGACCUCGCUACAAUCAAGACACUCCGUUCUCUCGCUCUGCAGCCGGCUCUGCAUGCAGUCCUGCCUGCAGACUUGGACGGCGAGACAUUGGGCGUCUUAUUGCCACAACUCAGGACAGUUUGUGAUGCUGUGAAUCAAGGACGCUUGUCCCCAGAUCCCCACCAGAGGGAUUUGAAGACGUUAUACCAGGGACAGGGCGGGCGGAUUAUACAAGCUCAUCAAGGCUUGUGGGGUCCUCUUGCAGAACCAGUGCCUGCAAUGUUGCCGCCAAAGGCGAAGAUGAAUUAUGCGAACAGUGAUGAGAAUUAUGACGACGACGACGACGACGACGACGACGACGACGACGAGGAUGAUCACCACAACGAUAACAAAUGCCCUUUUCCGCCGCAACGUGAAGCCCCUCCACCACAACUUUUUGUCAAUUGGGGAGCCCUCGACAAUAAUAACGACGGCGAUGGCGACAGCCACAUCAAACAGCCUCCGCCGGCAUAUGCAGAUGACGCACGAGUGCCAGGUCGAAUGAAGUCACCUCCAAGAACCAUCGCGAACAAGAAUAAACGGCGCCACAGCACAUCCUCGAGUGACUCGCCGGACUCGUCCGGCACUCUCCGUUACCGCACCUAUCGCCAUCUGGACCUGGCGGUCGGCGAGCGAGAGAAGAUGAUGGCUGAGCUGCUGCGGCGGGUGCAUAUCUCGCAACAGGACCUUGAUGCCAAGUGUGCCCGCGCCGAUGAGCUGGCAGCACGGCUGACGGACUUGAUCUCCCGGGCGGAGCAACAGAAGGAGGACACAACCAGGGGCCAGAUAUCUGCCACGCCAGUAGCAGCAGCACCAAGUCCCGGGUCAUCGUCGACAGCAUCCGCCGCAUCGUCGACAGCAUCCGCCGCAUCGUCGGCCAUAUCGGACCGAAUACAGGCGUAUGUUGAGAGGAAGCUCCAGGAUCUGCGCACAGAGUUGGCGACCGAGUAUGCCACGCCUGACGACGUCCAUCAGCGAGUCGCCGAUGAACUAGACGCAGUCCUUUGCCAGUACGUGGAAGAGCACCAGAUGUUUGAUGCUAUUCAAGAAGCUGUUGAUGAGGCCGUAAACGAGGUGCGCGCACGGAACUUAAGCGACCAUUCUGUACAUGAGAUAAACACCCUGACGGAGGCAAGUGUUGCUCUCAUUGGCGUUUAUAAGGGCAAGAUCUUCUGCUAUAUCGAAGACCACGGCGUCCUGGAGCGCUUCGGGAUCCAGGCCGAUUUCACAGAUCGCUUCGGACCAGAUGACGUCGAGUUGUCGGGGCUGCACCCAGGACUGUUCGCUCAGUCGCAACAGGGCAGCCUUGACUUAUUCAAUAUCGACUUCUUUAGUCAAGAUUAG